AUGAUCAUAAACGCUUUGGGCGGCCAUGAUGUUCAUGGUGACCACCCUGCAACAGUUGGUUCAGUUGGGGAUAGCAUCUUGUUGAUCGUAGCCUUGUGUUUCCACUCUUUCUUUGAGGGUAUCGCCAUCGGAGUUGCCAGCACGAAAGCUGAAGCUUGGAAGGCUCUGUGGACGGUCAGUCUGCACAAAAUCUUUGCAGCCAUCGCCAUGGCCAUUGCUCUCCUCCGAAUGAUUCCAGACCGUCCCUUCUUAUCAUGCGCGGCAUAUGCUUUUCUGUUUGCCAUUUCCAGUCCAAUUGGUAUCGGAGUUGGGAUCAUGAUAGAUGCCACAACUCAAGGUAGAACAGCAGAUUGGAUCUCUGCCAUAUCGAUAGGUCUGGCAUGCGGCGUGUUCAUAUAUGUAUCCAUAAACCAUCUGCUGUCAAAGGGUUAUACAGCUCACAAGUCAGUCUCUGUUGACACUCCCCACUACAAGUUUUUGGCUGUGUUGUUUGGAAUCGGAGUAGUAUCAGUUGCCAUGAUCUGGGACACUUAAUAUAAUCGUGUCAAGGAGCUUGCCGUUCAA